AUGUCGAAUCAGUCCCGGGCUGAGUACGACCCUUCGUUGAGCAGCGAACCUCGAUCAGAGUAUACCGUGUCCACCAGAGAGGACAAGAAACGCCCCCGGUGGAUGUCACAAGUCAAAAAUUGGCUGGCAACAAGUGAACCCUCGGCUCAAGCAAUGAGGGAUCAGAAAAGGGAUACCUUUAAGAAACACGGCAUCGAUCUCAAAGAUCCGCAGGCUGCUGUGAAAUUGCACUCUCCCAUGGGAAAAGUACCCAUCGAUGCUGUUACCUCCACGUCGGGUCCUACGCCUGAGAAAGCUCUCAAAGAAAAAAUCCGAGCAAAAGAUGUGCCGCCUUCAUAUGCUGGACAUAGCCGUGGAUCCCAGUCUGUGUCGAGUGGCAUUUCUUCUGUUCCAAGCACGAAGAGUGCGAAAAUCAGCAAUGCAAUUGCACCCUGGGAGGAGGAAUAA